AUGGACACAGCAGACCUAUUCAGACAAGCCUUAGGCUCUGUCAAUAGAGCUCGCGAUGCGAAGUCCCUUCACGCAAGAGAGAGCUCGCAUGAAAGCGAGGAUAGUUCACCGAGGAUCGCACAUACCUUGACUGCCUGCUGCAGAUGCCGCCAGAGGAAAACAAGAUGUGAUCCCAAUUUACCACGAUGCUUGCCUUGCGAGCGUGCGGGGGCAGUAUGCGAGUACUUCGAUACAACGAAAGGCAAGAAAAUCCCUAGGACAUAUGUGAUAAAAUUGCAAGAAAAAGUUCGGGCACUUGAGAUGGAACUUAGUCAAUUGGUCGAAGAAGAGGGGAAUCCCCCCGACUCGGAAGAUAUUUGGCAUUGCGAUGACUCGGAUAGUGAUGGAGGAAGCCAAAAAUACACAGAUACCAGGAGUAUACGAGAGCUCGUGCCUGAAGUGCGGCAACGUCGAACUCCUGCACAGUCGCCAGAUAUAGCCUCGGAAAGAAAGAAAUCUUAUCCUAUGAUAUCUGCUGUACCGGCGCCAACAUUACCAAGUCGCUUAGUGACCGAUAAGUUGGUGGAGGUAUUUAAUCAGAAAGCCCAGUAUAUGCUCCCUACUCUACACGAGCCUACGUUCGCCAAGAAUCUUCAAGAAGUUUAUGAUGGAGAUAACGAUCCAUAUAAGAAUUUCGUCCUUCGCAUGGUUCUAGCUAUAAGCAUGCAAAAGCUGGACAUGCAGUAUGCAGGCCUUGCUGAUAGCUAUUAUUUGGCUGCUAUGGGAUACAUUGAAGAUGUUAUAAGAGCGAAAGACAUCAAGACGCUACAGUGCCUUGUUCUAAUCGCGCAAUAUUCUAUGCUUACUCCCACUCGCACUGCUAUAUACUAUAUUGUUGGGCUUGCUACGAGACUGUGUCAACAGUUAGGUCUAGCGGAAGAAAAGACCAUUACUCAAGGGGUAUCUAUUGGUCUAGUUGAUCCUCUACAGCUCGAUAUGCGGCGAAGGCUCGCUUGGAUUGUUCUAUCUAUGGAGCUUGGUUUAGCGCAGUCAAUGGGUAGACCGAAUGCUUUCGCAAUUGGGAGAGACCAUUUGGACAUACAGUUUUUCCAAACAGUAGAUGAUGAGUACAUAACUGCUGAUGGUAUUCUUCCUGGUCCCAUGUCAGAUAAGAAGCGGUUAGCCAUCCACUUCUUUCGAAUGAGACUGUUGCAAGCAGAGAUCCGGAGAACGCUUUAUUUGCGAAAAAGAAACGAGCCGAAGAAUGAGGAGCAUCCUUGGUAUGCCCAGAUGCUUCAGAAACUGGGAGAUUGGCUCGAGGCGUCUCCUGAAAAGCCGGCAUGGAGUAAAACCUGGUUCAACGGGAGGUACAAUACAAUGAUAAUCUUCUUGUUUCGUCCUUCGCCUCAAGUUCCCCAGCCGUCCUAUCAUUCUGCGAUAAUGUGUUAUGAUGCAGCUUCAAGUAAUAUCAGGACGCAAAGCGAUCAAAUAAAAACUGCCAUGAUAGAUUUGACAUGGCCAUUUCUCCUAUCGCUAUUCAUGGCCAUAAACACAGUACUAUGGUCUAUUUCGUAUUCUGAAGUUCGCGCUCUUCACACAAAGGAAGAGCUUGAAGAGCAUAUUUCUUUAGCUUUAGACAUCGUUGCACGUUCUCGCGAACGGUGGCCAGGAACUCAAGCAACAUCAGAACUUUACAUGACUCUCACCAAGGCAUGUCUCAAAAGUUAUGAACUUGGCGAUAAUUCGCUUUCAUCCUUUUCUGCCACUUCCCCAUCGCUGACCGACGCAAACUCGCCGUCUGCAUCCGAACACUCCAGCGCAACAUCAACCUCAAUUCCUCACUCGCAACACAAUGCGCAGCAUAACAAUCCGUAUCAAUCCCCCCGCAAUUCGGAUACGUCUUCAACCAAAUGCCAGAGCAAAUGCCUCCAUAUGACUACAGCCAUCCCUUACCUCCACUGCAACCGUCCUUUCGGUCCAACUCAAUCUUUCUACUUUCCACCAGAAUUUACACAACCACAGCAACCGCAAUCUUAUCCUAUGCCUUGGGGUCCUGUCUCAAACACACAGCAGCAUCAAAUACCACCUCAAGCGCCACUACCACCAAUGCAGCAUUCGUUAGUAACUAACAUGCCUUAUUUUUCGCAACCUGAAUACUACAACUUUCCGCCUCAUUUGUUCUCGCAAGACAACUUCGAAGCAGGACUGAGAUCAGGUAGUCUGAGUCAAGAACAACAAACAGAAUUGAUGCACAGCUUAGAGACCGAAGGGUUGAUGGAGAUUAACAACUUUAUGAAUCACGUCCCACCGUAUGAGCACCCUAUCAAAUAUGAACAAUAA